AUGUCAGGAGGAGUUAAGAGAGAUCGCGAUGGUAACGCUCGUGCUAAGAACACGGGCGCACCGAAGCAGGCUGGACCCAGAGGGAGGUUUCAUGAUAUGUUUGAAGGUUUUCGCGAUGAGCUUGAUGAGCAUCAUGAUCGACGGGAGAGGAUCGUGAAGGCUUCACGAGAUGUUACGGCGAUGAGUAAGAAGAUUAUUUUCACUCUUCAGAGAGUCAAGCAUCUCAACAAAGACUUCCCACCUCACAUCCAACAAGACAUAGACAACCGUCUUGAAGAAAUCGCCAAACUUCUCAGCGGUAUCGCUCCCGAUCUGCAAAACGUCAACCGUUACCGCUACACUUCUCCCCUUCGAUGCCUUGAAGAAUUCGUCGAGGCCCUCUCUUUCGCACACUACCUCCGUCACCAAACCCUCAUCACGCCCACACAGGCCCAAGCUGCCAUGCCAAAGGACAUUGCUCUAACGCCAAAUGACUACAUGUACGGUAUCUUCGAUCUCUUUGGCGAGUUGAUGCGCUUUGCGACUGUCACAACGGCCCAGACGGGCGAGUUGGCUGGAAACGGGGAGCGAAACAUCAUGGGUGAUAUUCAAGAGCUUGGAUGUGCGUUUGAGAUUUUGCCGGAUGUGCCUACCAAGGAUUGGAGAGGUAAGAUGGGUGCGAUGAGACAGAGUGUCAAGAAGGUUGAGAAGCUCGGCUAUGGACUUGUGGUGAGAGGGAGUGAGAGGCCCAAGGGUUGGGUACCGGAUAUGAAGGAUGAUGCUCCUCCUGCGUCGCCAUGA